CCUUCGUAUAUAUCCUUUACCUCCUUUACCUUCUCUACUCAACGCUCCUCCUUCCGAACUUCUUUUGUUUAUGUUGUGGUGGUUUUCAUAGAUCACUGCAAUUUCUCCUCCAAAGUGUUUGAUAUGGCUGAUGCAACAAUGGAAACCAAUGUCCAGGUUCCUGUGUUUUCAUCAUCCACUGAGUUGCUCCAGAAAUUGCAAAAGCAUUGGAAUACUGGGAAAAAACAACCAUACCCAGCAAUGUAUUCUAGUGUUUUUGGUGGAAUUACUCUUGAUCCAGCUUUAAUGGUGAUACCAAUUGAUGACCAUAUGGUUCACCGCGGCCAUGGUGUCUUUGAUACUGCAAUGAUUCUCAAUGGAUACUUAUAUGAGCUGGACAGACAUCUAGACCGAUUCAUGAGAUCCGCAUCGCUGGCUAAGGUUACUUCUCCAUUCCCUCAAUCAACUCUGCGUGACAUUCUUGUGCAGUUAGUUGCAGCUUCCAAGUGCAAAAAAGGGUCCUUAAGAUACUGGUUAAGUGCUGGACCUGGGGAUUUUUUGUUGUCAUCGGCGGGUUGCCCUAUGUCUGCAUUCUAUGCAGUAGUUAUAGAUGAUGAUUACUCUCAGUGCAAACACGGGGUGAAAGUAAUAACGUCGACAGUACCUAUGAAAUCACCCUUAUUUGCUACAUCAAAGAAUGUGAAUUACCUCCCAAAUGUUCUCUCGAAAAUGGAAGCUGAGGAGAAGGGAGCUUUUGCGUCUAUAUGGAUUGAUGACAAAGGGUACAUUGCAGAGGGACCGAAUGUGAAUGUCGCUUUCAUAAACAAGCAUAAAGAACUUCUACUGCCUUCCUUCGACAAGAUACUUAGUGGGUGCACUGCAAAGAGACUACUUGAACUGGCGCCCAAGUUGGUCGAAAGGGGUCUUCUUAAAAGUGUAAGAUUGGCUGAUAUAACAGUAGAAGAGGGGAAGAAUGCAGUUGAAAUGAUGUAUGUAGGAAGUAGUCUUCCUAUAUUGCCAAUCAUUACCUGGGAUGAAAAACCCAUUGGAGACGGAAAAGUGGGUGAUCUGACAAUGGGAUUGUCGGAUCUGCUUUGGGAUGAUAUGGUAGCAGGCCCUGGUUUACAAAGGAUCUGCGUUCCGUAUGCAUAAAGAUAGGAAGAGACGUAGAAAUCUCUAAGAUGUCUUACCUUUGUUCCUCAGAAUUCUGCAUUUCCUCCCCUUUGUUAUGUUUUGUAGAUGGUCAAGAGCAAUGUCAAAUGAUGCAUUAAGAGAACUCUGUACUAGUAGAAAUGUAGAAGCAUGAUUUUAUGCUUCUCUUACAUGAUUUUUAGAAAUUAGCCAGGAUGGCUUUCAUA